AUGGAUGGAGUUACUUUGGAGAUGGAUUUGGGGAUGGAGUUUUAUGAACAGUGGGAUUGGCAGAGGUUUAGGGAGGCGGAGAGUAUGGAGUUGGAGGAAGAAGACGGUGGUGUGGUGCAGACAGAAGUGGUCUUAGAGAAUAUAGAGGAGGUUAUGGAAAGGGAGGAGAAUAUUGGUGGGGCUGGAAGAGUGUAUGAGGUGGAGGAGGGCACAUCACGGAGAUUUGGUUUGGCUCAAUACGAUGGGUCGGCUGAUGAUGUGCAUGAGAAUCAGGAGACUGGAUCAAUAUCAAAAAUACGGAUUGAUGAUGUUGAGAUGAGAUCGCGACAAAUGGAUUUGCCACAGUAUGAUGGCCCGGUCGAAGAGGCCGAGGACGUCGUGUCCAUGUUGAAAACCAGAGAAGAAGAUAUCGAUAUAGGUUCUCGGCACGAUCAUGCAAACAUUUUCACUCACUUGGUGGAUGAGGCUUUGAACGAAAACACUUCCGAGGGCCAAGAGCAAAGAGUGGUGGUGGAAAAUGUCGAGUUGAAUAAAGUGGGUAGCGGUAUUACUCCGGAGAAACGUGAUGAUGUAGGAGGCGAGGGAGAUGGUGAUGGAAGCAUUUCGGAUUUCUUUGGAAGCGAGAAUAUUGAUGAAGAAGUGGUCGACCUUGGUAAUACCGACAUACCUCAUGGAACUCAUAAGAAUAUUCCAGAGUCAAGUACAACUACGACUGAAAUGACAGUCAAAUCUGGUGUCAUUGUAGAAGCAGAUACUUUCGAAAAGAGCAAUUAUUUCAAAGGUCAGAUGAAUGAUAGGAUGGAGGAUCAAGUUUUAGAUGGCGAGACACAUGUGCCAGAGGAAAGCCACAACGACAUGUCAAGUACGGGAAAGGCCGCCAGCAAGAUGGAAGUCGAACCACUGAUCGAUAAGCCUGCAGAUGGGGAAAUUAAUGGAUUCAGAGAAUCUCUCAACAAUACCUCAACUUUAAAAACAACUUGUCCAGAGAUUACUGUUGAAGCUGGAACGAACGCCAAUACAAAUGCACAUUUCGAAAUCGAAGGCCACGACGCUGAAAGUAUGGCUAGCGGUUUACUCAGCUAUGAAAAUCUGAGAAAUCUUGAAGGAAAGUCCAGUUCAAUGUCUAUUCUCGACCAACCACCUAUGAAAUUUACCACCCAGAAUGAGUUUCUCGAGAAAAUUUCCCCUGCCACGGAAGAAACUACUGAUGCAAAUAUCAUGAACGCUGCGUACAGUGACAAUAUGCACGCUCUUUCACUGGGGCAAGAUUUCGGCAUCGCUAAUCAAACGUCUGUGAAUGAUGAAAGCGUGCAAGAAGAUGUUGAAUUGCCUCCGUUGCCCAGGAUGGAGGCUCCGGUACAAAAAAGUCAGAUAGAAAUUCCCGACAGCGAUGCGAUCACAGAGUCAAGUCAGCGAUCUCCACGGAAGCUUGGUCAUAUUGACAGAACACUCGAUAGUCCAAUAAAUAAUUUGAAGGAUGAGGGGACACAUAUAUCAAAUUAUGGAAGCAGGGAAGAAAUAAGCGAUGGAGAGGCCGAAGAUAUCGUAAGCUCAUUUGCAAGAGAAUGUGCAACAAGCUCCAUUGACCCAAAGAAAAAUCUCAACAGGCCGGAAACAAUGGGAGCUAAGAGCCUUCAAAAUAGAAUAGAUACAACUAUAGGAGAUAGACAGUCAAUCGAGAUUGCACCAGUUGAUUCUGCAAAGAAGCCGAAAGCAGAUUCGAAAUCUGAGAGCGAAGAUAAAAUAGAAAUGGGGACAUGCCCUUCUGAAACUAUACCACAGAAGAAGACGAACAAGAGAGGUCGGCCACCAGGAAGAAAGAAAUCUGGGAUAGUUAAUGGUGAAGGUGACAUCAAGGAACCUAUCGAGAAGAAAGCAAAGCUUGUCGAAUUUGAUUCAGAUAAGGCGUUGAGUAUGGAGGCUGAGGACGAUUUGACUGAAAGCACACCUGUGCAAGAGAAGAAAAAAAGAGGCAGGCCAUCUAGUAGGAAGGUUUCUUCGCUGUCUGUUGGUGACUUUGUCGACCAAACAGACGAGGUAAUCAGGCACUCAUCUUCUGCGGAAAGUCGGGCAAGUGAAACAUCUUCAAGUAGCCCUGCUUCCGACAAGAGAAAACGAGGCAGACCAUCUAGUAGGAAAGCUUCUUCAUUAUCUGUUGAUGAGCUUGCUACAGAACAGGAAAAAGCAACUGUGGAUGCACCAGGUGGCUCCAAAGUGGCUUUUAUCGAUAAAGCAGAUGAGGUAACAAAGCAUUCAUCUUCAAAGGGAACACCAACCGAUGAUUUGUCUCCCAAUAGCCCUGCACCGGAGAAGAGGAAGCGAGGUAGAGCAGCUGUGAGAAAGUUUUCUACACUAUCUAAUGUUACGAACGAUAGUUGUGAUGUUGAAAAUUCCGAGAAAGAGAUGGCUUCGAUGGAUGAAGAUAGUUCGCAUUCAAACAUUGGUUCCGGAUCGGGAGGCGAAACAAUCUCAAGCUUUCCUAUCCCCUCCAUGGAAGAAGAUAAGAAGAGUGAAAGGCCAUCUCGCCGAAGGUCUUCAGGUUUGGGUUCUCGGAAGCAAGAUGCGGAGGAAUCAGGCGGACAUCUGGGCGAAUCGAAUGGUGUCAUGGCAGCAAAUCUCUGUGAUAAUGCUGAUGAUGUUGAAGAGCUCGCAAUCAACGAAACAAUGGAUGAGCUGGCCAUGAACUUAUCUUCGCCUGUUAAAUGGAGGAGUGGAAAACCAGUCAAUAAAAACUUGUCCGUUUUAAGUCUAGAAAAAGGAGACACCGAGGAAGCUGCAAAAGAGAACUUACCUACAGUUUCAGUGGUGAUUCUCGAGGAUGUAAAGAUGAAUGAUUUAACACCCAAUCACAAAUCCACUGACGAAUUCGUUACCAUCUCAUCUUCAUCAGUCAAGAGAAAAAGAGGAAGACCUGCAGGGCGUAAGUCUUCUGGAAUUGAGACUGAAAACGCGGAGGCUGAAGAAUUAUCAUACAAGGUCUCAUCGUUACCACAUGAUGACGUUGUGGCCCAAGAAACUACGUUGAAUGAAAACCUAAAUGAUGAUUUGGAUGAUGGUUCACCUGUACGACCGAAAAAGAGAGGUAGACCUGGUCGAAAGUUGUCCCAAAUGAAUCCCGAGAAGCCAUCAGUCAAUGAGGCUUCGGAAAACCCCCCUGAGGACAUUGAUGCGGAAGAGUCCUCAAAAGACAUUAUCAAUGGCUCUGGGAAUGGCAUUGGAUCCUCGAGAUUAGCUGAUAUUGGUUCCUCGCCGGUGAAAAGAAAAGAGGGUGGAACUGCUAGCCAAGGGGAAUCCGAACAGAGUUCCAAAAAGAUGGCUGGCAAGGGAAAAUUAGAAGGAGCUCCGGAUUCCGAAGUGGCAAGAGCUGCAGAUAUUGGUAUUAUUGCGCCUCUUGCUGUUGAGCAGUGGAACGAUGAGCCACCUCCUGUCAAUCCAUCAUCGGAGAAUAGAAAGAGAGGUGGACCUGGUAGUCGCAAGGCUUCUGAGCUGGGUGCUGAAAAAGCUGCUACAGAUGAAAUUGCAAGGGGAAAUCCUAAUUGCAUCGUGACGCAAGAGGCUGUAAAUUCAGAUUGCAAUGGGCCACCAAGCGUCAAUUCUACGCCAGAGAAGCGGAGACGAGGUAGACCUUCGAGUCGUAAAUCUUCCAGUCUAAUUAUUGCAAAUAAGAACUCUGCUGAGACUGUUAAGUCAUCUCCCAACGACGACGUUACACCUGUUGCUCAUAAAGUUUUGAAUGCAGAUAUCAAUGAACCAGCGACUGAGGCUAGCUUAUCCGCAACUUCUUCGCCAGAGAAGAGAAAGAGAGGCCGCCCCUCGCGCAGCGCUUCUGGCUUUGGUACUGGAAGUGCCAAAAACAUGUCAGGUAUUGAUACUACUGGCAAGAAUAUCCCGCCAGAAAUUGUUAACUCCGAUGAGGAGGAGGACGAGCUGCAAGAUGAGUCGCCGCCGGUCAAAAAGGUCAAGCCAGAGCCAAGAAAACGAGGUCGACCAUCUGGAACCAAGAUUUUGGGUUUCAGUAUUGAAGAAAAAAAGACUGUCGAGGAAGGUUUGACCAAGGCAAUAAAUACUAGAAUUGAGGGUAAUGAGACUUUUGAGGGGGAUACAAAGACUCAUGAUGAACAACCUGCACAGAGAAAAAGACGAGGUCGACCUGCUGCAACCAAAGCUAGGGAUAUUAGCGACAGUGAUUCGGAAAUUUUAGAACAAGAACAGCAAAAAUCCGCAAAUUCAGAGCUUGUUUGUGCUGAAUCUGAGGAAACUGUCGAGGACGAAGCCGACGAGCAAGAAGAAUUAAUUGUUGAGAAGAAGAGAGGAAGACCAACCUUACUCAAGAACAAGGGAAAAGAGGGUGCAAAAACUUCGGAGUCUUUAGACGAAGAUAUUAUCACCCCAUCUGCUACACGUAAUUCUAAAGGCAAAGUCUCCGGAAAUCAACUUUCUACAUCAUCAAACAACUCAUCCUCUUUACAACGACAAGGUGCCUUCUUAGCCGAGAUGAAAGCUAUGAAACUCUCAUCAAUCCAAACACGCAACGCCAAUCUCAGAAUCGAAAUCGCUCAGAAACGAGAGAAAAUUCAAGAAAUCACGCAAGGAUUGGAGCAACCUGCUAAGGAAACGGUCAAGAGACAUAUCAAGUUGUUGCACGAUUAUAAUGAUAUUAAGGAUGUUGGACAGGGAUUACUGGGUAUGAUUGCGGAUAAUAGGGGUGUGAGAGUUGGGGAGUUGUAUGAGGAGUUUGGGGUGGAUAUUGCUGAUUAG